CUAGUCGUCCAGGAGUCAGCUGGGAGCCCAAACAGAAGAGCGCCAGACGUGCCGGUGUGGGAGUGUGGGUCGCUCAGCGUCUCCCACCAUCAGCACUGUUGCUGGCACCAGGAGGAGGAGGAGGACCUUCCCGCACGCUGCAAGUACUCUACCAUCAAGAACAAGGAGGAACACACGACCUAAGACGAGAACUUGCACGUAUUAAAAGAUGAUCGUCUUCCUCACCCGUCUGAAAUGUUCCCGGCUCGUAAAUCCUCCUAGAAGAACAUUUGUCAUUCACUCUAAUAAACAAGUAACUAUGAAAGAUCUCUCCCAGCCUCUUGCAUCAGGCUACAUACCAAGUGAGGUGGAGCGUGACUGGUAUCCAUGGUGGGAGAGCAGAGGAUUCUUUCGCAAACAUGGAGCCCAGAAGAGAUUUGUCAUGGUUCUGCCGCCACCAAAUAUUACCGGGCAUCUCCACUUGGGUCACGCACUAACAUGUGCAGUGCAAGAUGCUAUUGUCAGAUGGCAUCAGAUGCAGGGACAUGAAGUGGUUUGGGUGCCAGGAUGCGAUCACGCAGGAAUUGCCACACAGGUUGUUGUUGAACGUCACCUGUGGGCCACAGAAGGGGUCACAAAACACCAGCUGGGUAGAGAAAGAUUUGUUAACGAAGUGUGGAAGUGGAAGGAGGAAAAGGGCUUGGUCAUAUAUGAUCAGCUGAAGCGACUUGGAGCUUCCCUUGACUGGAGUAAAUCUGUGUUUACUAUGGAUGCUCAUCUGAGUAAAGCUGUGACAGAGGCCUUCAUCCAGCUUUAUGACUCUGGCUUGGUGUACAGAAAAGAAUCUUUAAUCAAUUGGUGUUGUAGUCUACAGUCAGCCGUCUCUGAUAUUGAAGUUGAUCACUUGCAUCUGACAGGCCCAACAGAGCUUACUGUUCCUGGGUAUGAAAAGCCUGUUACGUUUGGGAAGAUGUAUGACUUUGCAUACAAAAUCAACGAUUCUGGAGGAGAGCUGGUAGUAAGCACAACACGACCCGAGACUAUGCUGGGGGACACAGCUGUGAUGGUUCAUCCCGAAGACCAACGCUACAUACAUCUUCACGGCAAGCACGUCUUCCACCCAUUCCGAAAAGUCAUCAUUCCUGUGAUUGCUGAUUCCCAGGUUGAUCCCCAGUUUGGCACAGGUGUGGUGAAAGUAACACCUGGCCACAGCCAAGAUGACUAUGAUGUCGGAGAAAGACACUCACUACCUCAGCUUACAGUUUUUGAUGAAUUUGGAAAGACAACAGACAUUGUACCAGAAUUUAAGAACCUUCCAAGAUUCACAGCACGACAAGCCGUGAUAGAUGCUUUAACCGUUAUGGAACUCUAUCGUGGCUCUCGGGCCCACCCCAUGAUGGUGCCUCGCUGCAGCAGGACCCAGGAUGUUAUUGAACCACUGUUGAAACCUCAAUGGUUCAUUAGAUGCAGUGACAUGGCUGCUGAAGCUAUCAAUGUUGUUCGAAGAGGUGAUCUACAUAUCCUCCCGGAGACUUACAAGAGAGUUUGGGACAAAUGGUUGGAGAACACCAAUGAUUGGUGCGUUUCACGGCAGCUUUGGUGGGGCCACCGAAUUCCUGCAUACUGUGUGUGCUCUGAUGCUGGGGAGUUCUGGGUUGCUGCACGAUCUAUAGAAGAUGCUAAGAGGAAAGUUGCAGCAAAAGAAGGAAUAUCUGAGUCGAGUAUCUCAUCGGUGCAUCAAGAAGAAGACGUGUUGGAUACGUGGUUCUCCUCGGCCCUCUUUCCUUUUGCUGCCUUUGGAUGGCCACAAAAUUCAGAAGACUUGAAGAAAUACUAUCCAACCACUCUCCUGGAGACUGGACAUGAUAUUCUCUUCUUUUGGGUAGCACGGAUGGUCAUGUUGGGUUGGAACCUCACAGGAGAGCUGCCAUUUAAGAAUGUGCUUCUUCACGGGUUGCUAUGUGAUGCCCAUGGCCACAAGAUGUCAAAAUCACGAGGAAAUGUGGUUGACCCAAUUGAUGUUAUUGAAGGAGCUUCAUUACAGGUGCUUAAGGAACGUAUUAAAUCAAGUGAAAAUAAUGGGAUACUGUCUAGCAAGGAAGCAUGCGAAGCAUUACAAGGGCAGCGGUCUAAUUUCCCAAACGGCAUCCCAGAAUGUGGCACCGACGCUCUCAGGUUUACCCUCUGCUCGUACAACAUUAAAAAUCAGCUUAUGAGUGUUGAUGUCAAUCGCAUGGAACAAAACAGAUUUUUGUGCAACAAAAUUUGGCAGGCCUUCCGAUUUUUACUAAAUUCAAUGGCAAAAGUUCCCAACGCAGUGCAGUGUGCUACUCGUGUGAAAAUAUCAGAGAGGAAUGAUGAGCUUAGUAUAAUGGACAAGUGGAUCUUGAGUCAUUUGGGGCAACUAGUUUAUGAUGCCAAUCAGAAUUUUGAAUCCUAUGACCUGCAUUUUGUCACCUCAAGUUUUGUUACGUUCUGGCAGAAUGACCUGUGUAGUACGUAUCUGGAAAGCAUUAAAUUUGUUUUAAAUAAAGGAUCAGAUGAAGCAAAGUCAUCAGCACUAAGAACACUCUGGACGUGUGUGGAUGUUGGGCUACACGUCCUCUCCCCUUUCAUGCCUUUCUUGACAGAGGAACUCUACCAGAGACUGCCGAGGAUUACAAAGAAAUUUGAGAGUAUCAUGGAGUCUGAUUAUCCCCAGACAGAACAGUGGAUCUGCUGGAAAGACCACGUGAAGGAAGAGCAUGUGCAGAAUUUAUUGCAGAUGGCUUCAGCGUUUCGUUCUAUAAAGGCAAACUAUAACAUCAAGCACAACAGAGUACAUGGUUAUUUUGUGUGUUCAAAUGACCAUCUGAAUGCUGUCUUGGAAGCAAACUUGAAUGUUGUGAAGACUUUGGGGUUCAUAAAAUCGUUGACUGCCUUAGAGAAGCAUGCAUUGCCCCCUGCAGCUUCGGCAGUAGCAGCACCCUGUGACUCUACUACUAUUUACCUUGAUCUCCAGGGUGUGAUUGACCCAAAGAGUGAGCUGACGCGCUUAAGAGCAAAGAUGAGCAAGCUGAAGAAAGAGGAGAGUAAAAUUUUCAAACUUGUAUCAUCUCCUGGCUUUGCUGAGAAGGCACCAGCACAUAUCCAGGAUGCUCAUAACACAAAGCUGGCCUUAUUGAGAUCAGAGCUGGAGGUGCUGCUCCCCAUCAUGGACAGUCUGGAGAAGAUGUAGCUGAACCCUCUUGAGGUAGAGUUUGAAUGAUUUUGUUCUGUGGUGGUGAUCUGUCAGUGGUGUACUUGUAUACUGUACAGUAUUGGUAAAAAAUAAUUUUUGAUUUAUAAUAAAAGUUUUCUAUGAUAAAA